AUGUCUUCUCCCGACGUCUCCGUCGCCACAGAGGCCUUGAAGGACUUCUUCGGCCAAAUAUAUACCUUCUUCGAAACGAUCAUCGUCCGCUUCUUCAGGAACCUCUAUAACUCUUUCGCGCACGUGGGCUUCAACCGCUGGACCAAGGUCACACUCUCGGUAGUCGGUUAUAUUUUACUUCGUCCAUAUAUCGAAGCCUGGUUUAAGAAAAUGAGUGAACGCGAUCGCAGAAAGAUGGAGGAGAAGGAAAAGGCUAAGAGGGAGGCACAAGGUGGCAAGAAGGCUAAGGUUUCGGCCAAUACACUGCGAGGUGGUUCUAGCGGAGGCGGAAAGGUGCUUGGAGAGGUCGAGAACACCGACGAUGAAAUUGAGGAUGGAGAGGACUUUGCGACUGCCAGCGGAGUGCCGGAGUGGACAAAGAAUGCGAAAAAGAGGCAGAAGAAGUACAUGAAGAGUCUGAAGGAGGCAGAGGCGAACGCGAAUAAGUUGUCCCAGGACCAGAUUAUGGAGUUGUUGGAUUGGAGUGAUUCAGAAAAUGAGAAGAAGGAGGCAUGA